AUGACUAUUAAUGAGACAGGAAUCAGUAUAGCUAUUGAUCGUGGUGGAACCUUCACCGACGUGAUAUACAAAUUCGGGAAGAAAGAAGGCACGUUCAAGCUUUUAUCGGUUGAUCCUUCAAAUUACAAAGAUGCAAACAUUGAAAGUAUCAGAAGAGUUUUAGAACUGACAUCUGGCAAAACCAUACCCAGAAACCAGCUUCUCGAUACUUCCUCCAUUUCCUCAAUUCGUUUAGGAACCACAGUGGCCACCAACGCCCUUCUGGAACGCAAGGGGUCAAGAUGUGCUUUGGUGACUACCAAAGGAUUCAAAGAUCUGCUUCAUAUUGGAGAUCAAUCACGGCCAGACCUGUUCGCGCUUAACAUUGUGAAGCCAGGUGUUCUCUUCGAAAAGGUGGUGGAAGCAGAUGAGCGCGUCACUAUGCCAGCAUUUUUGGUUGACCCAACUGGCUAUGAUGCACGUGAUCUUCUGGAUGGCCAAAAGUAUGUUGAAGGCAAAACAAAAGAAGUGUUUGAGAUCAUCAAGCCGUUGGACACUGAAAAAUUGACCCGUGAUCUAAUAAAGUUGAAAGAGGAAGGUAUAAAUUCUGUUGCUAUUGUUUUUAUACACGGUUACAAUUACCAGGAGCACGAAAAGCAGGCAGGAGAGAUCGCUAAAAGUCUUGGAUUUGGAAAUGUUUCGCUUUCUCAUGAGCUGCUACCAGUCAUCAAAACGCUUCCCAGAGGGCAGUCAACGGUUGUCGAUGCCUAUUUGACCCCUAUACCGGGUUUUGAGAAGCACACCAGAGUCGAGUUCAUGCAAUCUGAUGGUGGACUGUGUUCCUGGAGAAACUUUUCGGGACUUCGUUCACUGCUUUCUGGACCUGCUGGAGGUGUUGUUGGUGAGGCAAAAACGUGCUACGACGAAGACAACAAGAUUCCUGUAAUUGGGUUCGAUAUGGGAGGAACAUCAACAGACGUCUCGAGAUAUGCGGGUGAGUUUGAAUUCUCGUUUGAGUCAAUCACCGCUGGGAUAAAUAUUGCUGCUCCCCAGUUAGACAUCAACACUGUCGCUGCUGGAGGUGGUUCCAUUCUUGAAUAUGUCAAUGGUGUGUUCAAGGUCGGACCUGAGUCAGCUUCUGCUCAUCCAGGACCUGCGUGCUACAAGAAAGGCGGACCAUUGACCGUGACGGACGCUAAUUUAUUCACAGGUAGAAUUUUGCCCGAGUUUUUCCCCAAAAUCUUUGGUCCGGGCGAAAAUGAACCUUUGGACUAUGCCAUCACCAAAAAGAAGUUCGAGCAACUAGCGCAGAUCAUCAACGGAGACAAUCCGGGCUUCCCCAAAACUCCUCAUGAAAUCGCCCUUGGAUUUUUGAAGGUUGCCAACUACCAAAUGGCAAAGCCAAUUAGAGAGUUGACUGAAGCCAAAGGGCAUGACGCAUCUGCUCAUUCUCUGGCCUCCUUUGGUGGCGCUGGAGGACAGCACGCCGCAUCAAUUGCCAAGAUUUUAAAGAUAAAGAAGGUACUCAUUCACAAGCACUCGUCCAUCCUAUCCGCGUAUGGUAUAUCUUUAGCGGAUGUUGUCAAUGAACAGCAGAUUCCGUGUGCAAAAGUUUAUUCUGAGACCGCAAGAGAUGAACUAAUCAAACAAGCGGAAAAGUUGAAGGAAAAAGCUCUCAUGGAGCUGAAGGCUCAAGGUGUUAACUCAGAGACUGUAUUCUCGACAGUUUACCUUAAUAUGGGCUAUAAGGGCUCGGAUACCAGAAUCAUGGUUGCACGACCAGAAGAUGAUGAUUUUCUAUCGGUGUUUUAUGAGACCCACCAAAGGGAGUUUGCUUUCAAUGACUAUGACAAACCUGUUUUGAUUACCGAUGUCAGAGUUAGAAGCACUGGUAAUACAUUUGGUGAAACAAAUGAAAGGUCUCCAUAUAAAGACUAUGCCUCAGUUGCAAAAGUUCCUGUUGAGUCCGGAGUUGAAGAAAAAACCACUCCUGUUAUUUUUGACGAGGGUGCUCUUGAUUCCAAAGUGUAUCUUUUGGAGAAGCUCGCCCCUGGAACUGUGGUAGCUGGUCCAGCACUUAUUUUGGAUGAGACACAAACCAUAGUGGUAACUCCCGAUGCAUUUGCCACCAUUCUUCCAAGACAUGUGGUUUUGGACGUCAAUGUGGAGUCCAAAAGUCAGGUCAGCACCGACUAUAUUGAUCCCAUCCAGCUUUCGAUUUUCAGCAAUAGAUUUAUGUCUAUUGCAGAGGACAUGGCUCGUACACUGCAAAAAAUAGCUGUGAGUGCCAACAUCAAAGAACGACUAGACUUCUCCUGUGCUUUAUUUGACAAUGAAGGAAACCUGACAGCAAAUGCCCCUAAUGUGCCGGUCCAUCUUGGGUCCAUGUCUAGCGCUAUCAAGUACCAGCUUGAGUAUUGGAAUAGUGACCUUCACGAAGGCGACAUUUUGUGCACAAAUUCUCCAAGCGUCGGUGGAACUCAUCUUCCGGAUAUUACAGUGAUUUCUCCUGUGUUCUACGAGAACAAAAUCCAGUUUGUGGUCGCAGCCAGAGCACACCAUUCGGAGAUUGGUGGAUCGUCUCCUGGGUCGUCGUCGUCCUACGCGAGAGAAAUCUACGAGGAAGGUGUUAAUAUUGAGACAUGGAAAAUUGUGGAAAAGGGAAAGCUAGAUUACGAGGGGCUUGACUAUCAUUUUAACGUGGCACCAACUAAGUAUGGUGUUUCCGGAACAAGAAACAUUGAUGAUAACAUUUCAGAUUUGAAAGCACAGAUUGCAGCAAACCAGCGCGGUAUCAAUCUUUUGAAGGAACUGUUCAACGAGUAUGGAAGCGAAACUGUUUUAUUCUAUAUGCGAAAUGUGAAGAAGACUGCUGAAAUGGGAGUGCGGAAAUUUCUGAUGAAGUUUGCUAGGGAAAACGCUGACAGACUGCCGUUGAGGGCCGUUGACUUCCUUGACGACGGAACACAAGUGCAGGUCAAAAUUGACAUCAACCCACAAGACGGGUCAGCUGUCUUUGAUUUCACUGGAACAUCCCUUGAGUCUUACAGCAACUUGAAUGCUCCCAAGUCUGUCACAGCCUCUGCAGUCAUCUAUGUUCUCAGAUGUCUGGUCAAUCUUGAUAUCCCACUCAACCAGGGCUGCUUAGACCCUUGUACAUUGGUUAUUCCAGAAAACUCGCUAAUCAAUCCGAGCAAAUAUGCUGCUGUUUGUGCAGGUAACGGCAUGACCUCGCAAAGGGUUACAGACUGUUUAUUUAAGGCCUUUGGUGUAACCUCUGCCACGGGAGGUUGCAUGAACGGACUGAACUUCGGGAGCGGGGGCCAGAACGAGAAAGGAGAGCUUGUCAAGGGCUUUGGAUACACGGAGACAAUUGGGCAGGGCAACUGUGCAGGCAUUGUGGAACAGGACGGGGUCAGGGUAGGGUUCGACGGAUUCUCGGGGACGCAGACCAACAUGACGAAUACGAAGAUCACAGACCCGGAGAUUCUGGAGCAGCGGUAUCCCUGUGUUUUGCUGCAGUACUGCAUUCGGAAGAACAGUGGCGGUCGCGGAAAAUGGAACGGGGGAGACGGUCUGAUCAGAGAGAUCCAGUUCUCGUCGCCUGUGCACGUGUCGCUGGUGACCCAGCGGCGGGUUUUUGCUCCGUGGGGCAUCUACGGGGGCGAAAACGGGAAGCGGGGAGAGAAUUAUCUCGGGCGCAAUAGGGGCGGUGUGAUCCAGUGGAUCCAGCUGCCGUCGCUUGCUGAGAUUGCGAUCCGCAAGGGGGACAUCGUGAAGGUACUGACCCCUGGGGGCGGCGGGUUUGGGAAGGUGGAUGACAGCGAUGAGCAGUGGGGCGUGGGCCGUCCGAGGGACAAAUGGAAACACGUGCCGGCGUGCAGUGGGACGGUAGGCCAGCUGAGGAGCGCGCUGAACUCGUCGCAAUGA